UGAGAGAGAGUACAUGCGUUAGACAGACUGUUUGAUUGAGAAUCCAUGACGGGGGAGAAAGAAGAGGGACAAGGAAGAGAGUGAGUGAGAGUUAAACCAGUAUUAGCCUGAGCCUCAUCACAACAGAAAGAAAAGGGAGGUAGAGAACCAGACCAAAUCUCAAAAGAAGGAGAGGAAAAGAAACAAGAUAUUGUGUUGAGUUAGUGCUGGUGUCUAGGCCUGGCUCGGUCCAGUCUGGUUCCCUGGGCUAUGUUCUAAGAUGGCGUCUGGCUCCGUCUACAUGUCGUCCAGUAUGGUGGGUAAGGCUCGCUCCUCCAACUUCACCCUGUCUGAGAAACUGGACCUGCUGAAGCUGGUCCGCCCACACAUUCUCAUCCUGGAGGAGCACACCAACAAGCACGCUGUCAUCGUGGACAAGAACAAGUGCUGGGACACAGUGUCUGAUCAGUACAACGUCCUGGGGGGGGACAGGCCCCCCCGCACUGCCCAGGGCCUACGCACCCUCUACAAGAGGCUGAAGGAGUCGGCCAAACAGGAAGUGAUGCAACGGAGACACGCCCAGCCAGAGUACAGAGGAAGUAUAUCUGAACCAACCAGGAGAGUGAUGGAGAUGAUACCUCACCUUUUCCGUCACGGAGCUAUUCACCAUGAUAAAGACCCAGCGACGAUGCACAGGGUGAUGUAUAAGCAUGACUCUCCCAUGGAGCAACCUGGCAGCAGCUCCUCCCUCCCAGACUACCCAUCAAACCCCGUCACCCACCACCUGGACCAGGAUGUGGUCAGGCUGGACCAGGAUGUGGUCAGGCUGGACCAGGAUGUGGUCAGGCUAGACCAGGACGUGGACGUGAAGCCUCCGCCAGACCUGACCAUCCUCUCCACCCGUGUGGGGGUGGUGCUAGGAGGAGAGGGGGCGGAGGAGGAAGAUGAGGACUUGGGCAGUGUCCAUGGUUAUGACGGCUCCCUCUCUCCCUGCCCAUCCUCUGUCGUCCUGCCCCUCUCCACCUCACCCGUUCCACUGCAACGUGACCUUUACCCUCAUGACCACUACCCCCGCUGUGACCCUGACAGGCUCCGUCCCCUUCAGCUGGCCAAGGAGGAGCACGAGCAGAUCAUGACCAAUCACAGAAAGAUGGGCGUAUACCUGGAGGAGAAGAGGGAGGGGCUAAAGAGGAAGCAGGAACUGGAGGAGGAGCUCCUGAGAGCAAAAAUCAAAGUAGAGAAACUGAGGGCAGCCAGGCUGAGACAUGGACUACCACUGCCCCUAUAACUAACACACCCAUGGCCUGACUGGACUGAGCAUAUGGAACUCAGGAGGAUGCUCUGAACUGUUUCUAUGUCUGUGUUUAGCGUGUGGA